GCCCACGUUGGGACAGCAGCAGGCUGGACAGCCGGACAGCACCACGAUUCCCUCUUCAAACAGCCUGCUCGGCCCUUUUCCGCGCACAUUCGUGCAUAUUCGUUUGCUUUGGAUUUGGACCCUUGAACCAGCUGUUUGUUGUGCAGCACCGCAGUACCGCUCCGCACUCCGGAUCCAUUGUCGCGCCCGACGUCCCAAGGCUGCACAUCCCUACCCAUCGCCGUCUCCACACCCGUCGACACAUGAGUGCAGCCUGUCGCGCAUCGUCGUCGCGGCUCUUGUGAGCUUCGCCAGGCGACGCCAGUGCUGCCAUGUACCAGCGCGAGUCGAGCGUCGCGUCUUCAGUCGACUUCUACGAGUCUGAAGGGAAGCUGGACGCACCGUCAGGCCAGAUGCAGACCGACGCGUCGGCUGGCAAGCGCAAGGCCGAAGAUGCUUCUUUUGCUUCUUCUUCUUCUUCUGCUUCUGCUGCUGCUGCAGACAAGAAGCGCAAGCUGCACGCCCACAGCUCUCCUUCCCUCUCAACUCGGUUGGGGAACUGCGUAGCGCUGCCACGUGCUGUGUGGCAGCACAUCUUUUCCUUCUGUUCGCUUGCAGACCUCGGUCGGUUGAUUCAAGUCAAUCGUUGCUUUCGUUCCUAUCUCACAGACGUGUCUGACCUGUCUCUGGCCAGACCAGAGAACGGCUGUCUGCAUAUUUCUCUGUCUGAAGCGCUGUGGGCCUCUGCCCGCAAUGCGUACCACUCCAAUGCCCCAAAGCCCCUUCCCGGCCUUGCUGAGCUGCACAUGUGGCAGCUCGUCUGGUCGAAGAGGUGCCAGUUUUGUAACAAGCUGAAUGCUGCUGUUCCCGGUGAGAAGCUGUGGCAGCAAGGCCCCGGUGACGCUGGCGUGCGCACUGUCUGGCCGUUUGGCAUAAGAGCGUGCGGGCCUUGUCUGAUGCAGCAAUGCCAGACCGAUGCCAGCCUUCUCUUCUCCGCCGCGUCUGCCCUCCGGCCUGCGCUGCCGUUUGCGCUCAUCACUGCCGACCACAACUACAUACCUGCGCAUGCUCUGCAGUCGAGCACACUACCGGUCAGUGUCGAAAUUGGCAAAUACUACUACAAGAAGCAUGUGGCGGAUAUAGUCGAAGAAAUGAACGAUGCGCUCGCUCUUGGCCCUGCCGCUGCCGAGGAGUGGGCAAAGGGCCUCGACGCCAGAGGAAAGCAGCGCAUGAAGUUGGCAGAGGCAUGGGAGCGCUGGUCGGACAAGGACAGCACGAAGCCUGCGGCCCCAGCUACACGCUCACUCGCAGCCACUACACGCUCACUCGCAGCCACACGACGCAAACCAUCAACGUCUCCACGGCGCCAACCAUCAACGUCUCCACGGCGCCAACCAUCAACGUCUCCACGGCACCAACCAUCAACGUCUCCACGGCACCAACCAUCAACGUCUCCACGGCACCAACCAUCAACGUCUCCACAGCGCCAAACAGUAUCCCCAGUGAUCCAUGCACCUGUCCCGGCCAAGCCUGCAACGCCAAACACGCAUUUCGCGCAUCAGAGGCCUCUGACCAUCCCCCCAAACGUCUUUACUCCCCAGCCUGGACUCACAGGAAGCGCUCAGCCGAACCAGCAGAGGAACCUCCAUGAUGCCAACGAGGCCAAAGCAACCCGCAAAACGGACAUAGAGCGCCGAUGCCAGCAGAUGAAGCCGCCCAUUGCUCCAAACAUAUUGCGCCACAUGGAUGCGUUCAAGGCAGCCAUCCAGAUAUCGCAGCCAAUGAACGACUAUGCCUGGAGCGUGUUGCAGCCUCGCCUAAUCGCCAAUCUGCCUGCUGCCCAACAAGCCGAAGCCGACCACGUGUCUCGUGUAGCCUUGCUUCCGACAAAAACAACAGACCGCCGUCAUCAGGAUGCCAACUCAAAGGAAGCAAAGGAGGCCAUGGAUCGAGAGUGGGAAGAAUCCCAACGACCGAUCCGUGACAGGCUCAGCGUCAUUGCGGACGACUUCAUCAACAGCGACUGGGACCGUGGCAAAGCUCUUACGUACGAGAACAGCCUAAAGUUUGCCGCCGAUCUCCUCGUACAUCUAAGGCGAAAGUACUACGAGGAGGCGAAUGCGUCGACCGCUGCGCUGCAGCCCUCGAUGGAAGGUGACCUCUCGGACCGCAGACCGCCCUUGGUACUGGAGAACAUGAAGUGGGUAUACGACAAUAAGCUCAAACCCCUGACAGAACAGUAUCGCCGAGAGUUGUUCCUCUGCCACGGCAACGACUGCGAUCAAGCCACCCGGCUAUUUGGAUUUGAAGGUGUCAUCCAGCACUACGGGGCAAAGCAUACCAAUGCUUUCAGCAGCGGCAACAUCGUCGUUGCCUGGAGAGAAGCCGAGUGGCCAGAGGAAACGCCCUUCCACCCGGAUCCCGUUUCAAUGAAACAUGCUCCCCACGGGUCGUCUAACGCAACAGGGUACGGCGGAUUCUACAGCGGAUUCUCGCGCGCAGGUACCUCCACUCCCCACAUGCCAACGCAUAUGCCCCCUCACAUGCCCCAAGCAAGUCCAGGCCCAUACCAGUAUGCCGGCUACAAUGGUCCGUAUGCUCCGCCCCAGGUGCCAUACGACUACUCGCAGGUCUAUGGUGCCCCAACCGAGGGACAUCCGUACCACUCGAUGGGACCUCCCGGAUACGGCCACCAUCCAGGCGGCCCUUCGUACAUGCCGUCCCCCGCUGUAAUCAAUCCUGCCGUGGCUCCACCUCCCGAUAUGGCUCCACCUCCUCAUGGCGUCGUUGAUGCUGCAUCGAAUGGCGAGGACGCAAGUCACAGUACCGCCUCAUUCGACAAGGAAGUAAGUACCAUUAUUGGAUUGGCCCAGGAUAUGUGGAAGCAGACCUCUGGUAUCAAGGACAUGCCAAACAGCCUCCGGAUCUAUGUGUUGCUGCAUCGCGUCAUCUCCAAGUUCCACGUCGAGUUCAACUACGAGCCCAAUCUGAACCACUUCAUCGGGGCGCUCUCCAACCACGAGAUAUCAAAGGCGCUGAAGAAUGCACCUGGCCUAUCUUGCAAGGCCUGUCAGCUUCAGUCAACCCACCAUCUCACUGGCGCCUAUUACACUAAGCUGGAGGAGAGAAGAACGUAUACAGUUCUGACUCUGUUCCAACAUUUCCGUUCCCAGCAUCAGCAUCCAGCCACCAAUCCUUCAGGUCUCGGUUACGGCCAGGCUCCUACUGCACUGGACUGGAAAGAGGACAUGAUCCAACUGCCCAGCGAGCGCAUCAUCUCAGGACUCAUUCACGCGCCAGGGAUGGAUGAUGAGAAGCUUCUCAUGAUUGCGACCACCUUCCCGAGCCUGUUCCCUCAUCCCCUGCCCACGAUUGGCAAGAUUGAAGACGACGGACUAACCUCGCCUACCUCUUCCGGGCCCAUGAACGAUGCCCUUCGUGCAAGCGGAACACCAGGUGCUGGCUUGGGGAGAUCAGGUCUGAGCGCGGGUGCGUCACGCACCGAGUCUCCGGGGCCACUGAACCCUACCGAGGACGAAGAUGCUCCCGAGCGCCCGUCCACUGCCUCCGGCCGGCCAGGCCAAGCUCCAGUUUUGGGGAGUAGGAAGCGUUCCCAUCGCAACACCCCACCCGAGCAGCGUGGGGAGCGCUACUAUGGCGAGUCCAGAUACUACCUGGCAAGAGAUCAACCAGAGGACGGGUAUCCGCGUCGCGAGUACGUCGAGUACGCUCCCAGCCCUCGAGUCUACCACGCGGCGCCUGUCUACGAUGAUUAUUCUGGACGCCGUACCGGAUUCCGUGAGGCAGACAGCUACUAUGGCCCUCCCAGGGAGGAAAUUGUGUAUGCACGCCCUCACGAAGGAGGACACAGCCGGCAGUACAACGCCCAUCUGCGCCAAGUCAGAUAUGCCGAGGACGAUGGCCAGUAUCCAUCUGAGGUUCGGCCGCGGGAGGCUAGCGGGCCUCGUGGUCAAUCAGCCGCUGAUCGUUUCCUUGAAGAGUUUGUUCCUAAGCAGCCUCCUGCAAGCGAAGAGCAGCCUCGGCCUCCACGACCGGAUUCAGGGCCUCCAGUGUCGGCUCACGAAGGCGAGGAGAAUGGUCGCUUUCCUCCACCUUCGAAUGAAGCUGAGAUACAGGCUCGACCACUGGCGGCGCCUCAGCAGCCACCCUCCACGGUCUCCAAUCACUCAAGAUACGACGCUCCAAAUGGCUGCCACAUAGCUACACCGGAGUCUCAGGGGCCUCCGCCUCCUCGCCGGCCUGGCCCUCAGCGGCGCAGGGACCGGCCACAGGAGCACCGGAUGCCGUCUCGGUACUACCGGUACAUGAGCGUCGCUGCUCGAGAGGACCCGUACGGUCGCGCGCCGAGCAUCACUCGGUCGCAGAGAAGCAGGUACGAAGAACAGCGUCGUCGUAUUGACGAAGCAGAGACGCCGCAGCCGACGACGGAGCGAGAUCGCGCAUACGAAGCAAGUUAUUCGCGCGAAGGCAGCGUCGACCGUGCCUCAUCGCCUGAGCAUUUCUACCCGCCGGCGCGACCAGAGCCGCGCGGGUACGUGUCUGUGCAAGAGCGUACACACCACUUCUCGCCGCCUCGCUACCACCGGUACGAGGAUGCGCGCGGGCCGCCACCGCCGGUGUACUACGACGACGGGUACGGGCAGGCGGAGUACGAGAUUGUGCGUGUGCGGGGGGACUACCGGCAGCCGCGGGGGUACAUGGGCGAGUACCGGCAGGCUGGAGCGGUUCCCGUUCGUUACGAGCCGUACCACGAUCCGUACGUGUACGAGCGCGGGCCUCCGCAGCGACACAGCGGCCGGCCUGAGGAGUACGUGCACUACGAGGAGAGGGAGAGGGAGAGGGAGAGGGAGAGGGAGAGGGAACGGCGGGCGCCGCGGGGCGCCUUGCACGAGGCCGAGAGCGAGGCGCUGGAGGCGCCGUCUGUGGGGGUGAAGAUGGAAGUGGCUACGCCGGCGCCGGGAAUCCAGGAUUGAUGCAGUGUGUUGUUGCUUGCAGUGUGUUGCUUGCAGUGCGUUGCUUGCAGUUUGUUGUUGCCUGCAGUGUGCUGUUGCCUGCAGUGUUAUUGCUUGCAGU